AAUGUAUGUUCUUCCCAUCAACUCAGCUCUCAAAUUCCCUUCAACCAAGCAGAGCAUUUCCCAAGCAGAUCAUCCCCCUCUUUCUCUGUCUAGUGCCAAACCUAGAGAGAGAAUCACACACACAGACAUAUAUAUACACAUAUAGAGAGAGAGGGAGAGAGAGAAUGGGGAGUGGGAAGAGAUUUGCGGUUCUUCUCUGCGCAGAAGAUUCCGAUUACGUGAAGAAGAAAUACGGAGGGUAUUUUGGGGUUUUUCUGAGAAUGCUGGCGGAGGAAGGCGAGGCCUGGGACGUUUUCAGAGUCUCCAGCGGGGAAUUCCCCGGCGACGGUGAGAUCGGAGGCUACGAUGGCUUCGUGAUCACCGGAAGUUGCAGCGACGCUCACUCCAACGACCUCUGGAUCUGCAAGCUCUUGAAUCUGCUCAAGAAAUUGGAUUCUAUGAAGAAGAAAGUUCUAGGCGUUUGCUUUGGCCACCAGAUAUUGAGCCGUGCACUGGGGGGAAAGACGGGUCGGUCCAUAACAGGGUGGGACAUUGGAGUGAGAACCGUCCAUUUGUCACAAUCCUCAAAGCUCUUUGCAUCUCUGAAAAUGCCCAAGCUCCUCUCCAUUAUUGAAUGCCACCAAGAUGAGGUAAGGGAACUCCCCCCAAAAGCAGAGGUGAUAGCAUGGUCCAACAAGACUGGGAUAGAGAUGUUCAGGUAUGGUGACCACAUGAUGGGUAUCCAAGGCCACCCUGAGUACACCAAGGACAUUCUCUUGCACCUCACCGACCGCCUUCUCAAUUGCAAUCUCAUCCUGGAGUCCUUUGCUGAUGAGGUGAGGGCUAAUGUGGAAGCAAGUGAGCCAGACAUGGAGGCAUGGAAGAAACUGUGCAUCAGCUUUCUCAAGGGUGGAUUGUGAUGAUAACAUUUUUAAGUAAUUUAAGGGGAAAUGAGGGGUCGGGAUUGUAAAUACGAACUAGUUUGGGGAGUUGGCUGGAGAGACAUGUUUUGGGCAAUGGGCAGUGCUUUACUACACCGCAGCUACAUUGGGCACUAUACAUGUGACAAUGUAGCUUCUUUUGAUGUCAUCAAGUGAGGCUUUUUUUCUUUUUCUUUUUUUUUAAUAUCAAUUGACAAGGUCUACUUAUU